AUGGUGUUCAAUACUGACGAUUGGUCGUUCACCCAGGUCUCGACUCGCAUCUGGCAAUGCUUGCAAGACCAUGGCAAAAUUGAGGGGAAUCCGCUGAAACAGAUGCUGCCGGACGACGGUGCCGCACCCGAUUUCUGUUUUGAGCAUUUUGACACCACCUGGGGAACCCAUGCACAACCGAAUGAACGGAACCCAAAAGAGCACAUGUCAUCCACGGAGUUGCGGGAUCCAAGGGUGAGCCUGCGCGGUGGUGGGAGAGAGUCCCCCAAUAGACUGCACAAUUCGAUGCAGGAGGAUUGGAGGGUGUGUACCAGAGGCGAUGUGCUGCAAUUGAUGGCAGGUAAUAACGUGAAACAUGUGUGCUAUAGUGCUGAAUUCGAUGUAACUGCACAGGAUGUUGUGAUUGCAUGGUUAUUGAAGAGCAGUGAUAAAUCCCACGGUGAUACCACGGUGCUGGUGCUGCGUCGUGCAUACCCGUGUCCAUUACCUCGCGAGCCAGCUUCGGCUCUUGUUUCGGUUGCGAUCACGAUUUUUGUGGUGGUGCAUUGGUACUUGCAUUUGCUGAUCUAUCACUGUGCUGCAACUUUUUCGUAUGUGGGUUUCUACGAGAAUUGUGUGUAUAGGAUUAUAACAAGCUCCUUUUGUAAGUGGAGAGGGGGUUUGCAGUGCUCGGUUACAGUCAUGGUGAAUUUGGUUUGGAGUUUGGUGUUGACAAUGGUACUGGCAGCUCUCAUUUCGAUCUCCUUUCUGCUUCCCAUUUUCAAUCGUACGAACACGUCGGUCACUGCGAAUGCCACUGUGAAGGAAGAGGGGCCUUACUCACGAGCUGAGGUCGCAAAACAUAACACAAGUACGGAUUUAUGGAUCAUUUUGAAGGACAAGGUUUACGACGUGACUUCAUUUGUGGAGGAGCAUCCUGGUGGUGAUGCCAUCUUGAACAAUGCCGGUGCAGACUCAACAGAAGGGUUCUUCGGACCACAACAUGGAACGAAGGUUUUCGAAAUGCUGGACGAUUUUUACAUCGGUGAACUGAUUCAAUAUUCUCCUUGAUUUAUUGUCUUAAGUUUUGCACCACGUUCUUCGGAUUUUUAUCAGCGGUGCUCAUACUGAUUAUGUUAGAGCUGCGUAGCUCGGUGGGAUUGUAAAGUGAGCUAGCCAGACUGUCAUGCCCAUACUGUGCAUACUUUGCACAUAGUCUGAAUCUAUAGGUUGGCAUGCCAAUCGUAGUAAGAAAUUGCGACUGUCAUCUGAGCUUCAUUUUCUUUUAUUGGAAAUGUCAAAAUUUUCUUCUACGCUUUAUUCCUGAAGGGUCUUUGAUUCAUCAAGAAUUGUUUCUAGGGAGAGCUUGAACUCAAUUUUAAGACUGUGUUGCCCCUA